UCCCCCUACUUUGGUGAAGCCUCCGGUCGUCAUACUCGCGACGCUGAUCGACAACUGGAGGCAGACAGUCUGUCCUUGUCUGUCGCCGAUGCUUCUUUUCUGUACGAGUCUCGUUCACCCACAGCCCUUCAUCGUGUCUCAAGUCUUUCUGCGAAUCACACCUUCUGCGCUCCGCCGACCUCGGCGGUUGCCUCUCGGUCGCCCAACGUGCACACGCCCCUUCUAGUGAAUUUUAAUCUCUCAGGUCAACUGGAAGUACCAGCUAAACCCGGUCGACGGAAGAAACUUACCUGGGAGCCGCGUUUCGCCAAGGCAGGUUUCUUUCCCCUCCACAUUGUAAAACAUGCCCUCUUGACCUGUAUAGAUGUUCAGCUAAGAUGCGGUUUUAUUAUUUCUGAUACGAGAUUUCACACAACGAUCCCAAGGAACGAGGCCCAAUACUGUUCCCAGAAUAGCGCCAGCUGGUGUUCAUUUUGCUCUUCUGAGCUCUAG